AUGAAGCACCCUCCGUUGACUACGUUUUCAUCAGUCCCACAUGGACAUCGAAUUUUAAAAUGUUCGAUGAUGGCCAACCGUAUCAACCUCGCGAGGCUUAAACAAACUCCAGCUACACUACUUUACAAGACGUGCUCCAGUUCUCCGGUUUCAAUGCCGAAGAAAUGGUCGCAUAAUUAUCAAACAGGACUUCGCCCACUACAACCAGUGAGUGGCGGUGGGAACAAUCUGAAGUAA